AUGGCUUGUUGCCCAACGGAAGAGAAAUAUGGCUACGAAGAUAGUCGUUUUGAGAAAGCUGUCGAUGCCCACUUUCAUUGCUCUAUCUGCUACAAUGUUCUGAAGGAACCAAUGAUGUGUAGAAAUAAUGAACACAUAUUUUGUCGUGGCUGUAUCACUGAACAUUUAAAUGUGAACACGCAUACGUGUCCAGAAUGUAACGAGGACUUGACUGUCGAAACACUUCGUCGAGCCCCGCGUCUGGCGAGCAAUUAUUUAUCUGAGCUUAAGAUAAAGUGCGAUUAUUCCAACCGAGGAUGUCAUGAGUUCAUUCGUCUGGAAGAACUGGAUUCUCACGUCGAGAAUUGCGGUUUUGCACCGAUGAAAUGCUCUAACGAGGAAUGCGGAAUAGUGGUUAAUAAGCGAGAGAUUAUUCAUCACGAGAGCACAGUAUGCGAGUACAGGAAAGUCAAAUGUCAUAACUGUGUGAAGAUCGAGCAAGAUGUGGAAGAGAUGAAGGAAAAAAUGGAAAAAGAGGUUGGAGCAAUGUAA